ACUUCUUCUCCAUCUUAUCUUCUUCUUCUUCUUCUCUCCAUCUUCUUCUUCUUCUCUCCAUCUUCUUCUUCUUCUUCUUCUUCUUCUUCUUCCCCAUCUUUUUUCCAUCCUCUUCUUCCUCAUCCCCAUCUUCUCUCCAUCACCCACCUCCGGUGCGAUGACCAUGGCGGGCAAUCGAGUGCCAUUCGAGCCUGAGACCGGUGCAGAUAGAGAAAGGAUGCUCAGCCAAUCGGAGCUGUGGAAAUGGGCAGACAGAGGCCAGAAGGUGAUGACGGGAACAUCACACAGCUCAUGGAGGUUGCGUUGCAGGCUCUGCAACAAGGAGUUCAUCGGCACGUUGUCCAAAGUCGUGAAACACCUCACACAACCGUCGGUCAAUGCCCGCUGUCCGCAUACCACCGGUGAAAUUCUUGCUGUCAUUCGCAGCGACCACCCGAAAGUGCCAUUGCUUCCUGCGUCGCUGGCGAAAUUGAACGACUACUACAAGGAACAGGGUCGUCCGCCGGUUGUUGUGGAUGCGCAGGAUCUUGCUCCCGUUGAUGUGGCUUGUGUGUCGGGGGAGGUCGGUACGUCGUCGACUGCGGCAGAUGGAGGGCGGGACACGGGUUCGACGGUGGGAGAAGGCAGCGCUCUGGGUUUUGAUUCGGCAUCGGUUGUUGGCAGGGGCGCUCGGAGUUCCAGGGGGCCCGACAUCCCGGAAGAGAUCGCUGAGCACCUACGGGGUCCUGUUUUGGCUGCGGCUCGCCCACCACGACCUCCAUCGAGUGCACAACAAUCGUCCUUGAAGAAUUUCAUAGUGGAUGAGCUGCAGAGGGAGUUCGACCAGGCGGUUGCUUCCUUCUUCUUUGAGAAUGCCAUCGCCUUCAACGUCGCGCGCUCAGACUCGUAUAAGAACAUGAAAAGGAUCAUGAACUCGGCGGCGAGAUCGAGGAAGAUGCUGUGGAUGCCUGGAUACAAUCACUUGACAACGAAGGCUUUGCCGUCCAAAUACAAAGACGUGGAUAAGGAUCUUGACAAGAUCCGCGAGCCAUGGGAUGUCACUGGCCUGACCUUGAUGACGGACGGCACGACGACGACCAGCAAUAGGCCGGUCAUUAACUUCAUCGCAGCCGGCGAUUCGGGGGCUGUCAUGGUGCGUAGUGUGGACAUGGAGGGGAAGGACAAGUCGGCUCCUGCUUUGGCAAGGAUGUGGGUGGAGGUGAUACGAGAGUUGGGGGUGCACAGGGUGAACGUGAUCUGCACGGACUCGGCACAGGUCAACAUUUCCGCGAAGAAGAUAUUGGAAAACCAUGACGACCCUGCGAUCAGGAGCAUUUCAUGGGUGCCGUGUGCAUGCCACGUUGUCAGGCGGCCACAAGCAGUGCGCCGCCUGAAAUCUACGGUUUUGGGACUUAGGCGCAAAAACGAGUCUGAGUUUUGACGGUACUCAGGUUAGACCAGGCAGCGGAAAUUA